GAAAUCUUAAAGUAAUUAGUGAUUCAGUGCACAAAUUUGCUGUCGGAAGACCGUACCAUCGAACCAGACCAACUCCAACUCGCAACGCGCUCAAGAUGGCGCCGAACGUUCUCGCUAACACGAUCCUUUUGGCGGAGGCAUGCAUCGAGCAGGGAGAUCAAAACAACAAUCAGAUUAAAGCGAACAAAUCUAUAUUGAAUGUGCGGACCCCUGAGUCUCCGGUGAAAAAACACGUACACAGUAGUAGCAGUAGCAUUAGUAGCAGUGUCACCUAUGCGAGAGUGCUUGUUUGGCGCAACAUACUCGCUUUCAUUUAUCUUCAUGGUGGAUUCCUGUACGGAGCUUAUCUUCUCGUUACAUCUUCCAAGCUUAGUACAUUCAUAAUGGCCCUCGCUCUCGGAAUGUUUGGCGCAUUCGGCAUCACGGCUGGCGCUCACCGGCUGUGGUCGCACCGUGCCUACAAAGCUAAGUGGCCCCUGCGGCUGAUACUGAUGCUGUCGCAGACGCUAGCCUUCCAGAACAGUAUCUACGAGUGGACGCGGGACCAUCGGGUGCAUCACAAGUUCACCGAUACGGAUGCGGAUCCGCAUAACGCACAACGAGGCUUUUUCUUCUCGCACAUCGGCUGGCUGAUGGUGAAGAAACAUCCCGACGUUAAGAACAGAGGAAAGGCCGUCGACAUGAGCGACCUAGAGCAGGACCCAAUUGUAAUGUUCCAGAAGAAAUACUAUGUUAUAUUGAUGCCACUGCUUUGUUUUGUAAUUCCGACUUUCAUGGCGUAUUACUUUUUGGGUGAGACUCUGUCUAACUCAUGGUAUGUGGUUGCUAUCUUCCGCUAUGUGCUAUCUUUGAAUGGAACUUGGUUGGUGAACAGCGCAGCGCACAUUUGGGGAACCAAGCCAUACGAUAGAAAAAUCUCCCCAACGAACAACACCUUUGUGGCAAUUGCGGCCGUUGGUGAGGGUUGGCAUAAUUAUCAUCAUGUGUUCCCCUGGGACUACAAGACAUCGGAGAUGGGUAAAUACAGUACCAAUUUCACAACGGCCGUGAUUGACUUUUUCGCUUGGCUCGGUUGGGCGUACGAUCUGAAGUCGGUAUCGGAUGAAUUGAUUAAGAAACGGGUGUUGCGAACUGGCGACGGAACGCACCCGUACAGCGAGGAGCGGUUACGGGAACAAAUGGUAGACUACAUCAACAAUCUGGAUCAUGAAAGUGAAAAUGUUGUGUGGGGUUGGGACGAUGCGGAUAUGGAUGAGGAAGACAGGAUGGAUGCCACCGUUAGUAAUAAGAUGGAUUAAUUGGAUGGGACGUGUUUUGUGACGUUUAGGAAAGGUCAAAUCUCAUGGGAGCCGGUUGUUCGGAAUAUUUUGCUCUGCUAGAUUGAACAGUUCAUUUUCUGUUUUUGGUUCUUUGCGAACGUUUUUUUUUGCACUUUUCCGAGUAGCUUCUAGUAGGAUUAAGUAGAAUGAU